UGUGCUAAAGGACUGGUGAUUUUAAAUGUGAUCAGUAAAACACAACUAAAUCUUGAGUUAGAACUUGUAGAUCUCUGGAGUCAUCUAAAACUACCAGCCAAAAAUUGGGUCAUCAUCAGGUGUAUUGUAACUUAAUUUUCAGGCUCAUUGUUAACUGAAAAAUGGGUUUUCGAGGCAUUGGCUUUCUCCUGCAGUGUUACCUGAUGUUGGCAGCAGCCAUGUAUUUGGAUCUUGGAGAGCAGGAGGAAAAAUGCAUCAUUGAAGAGGUUCCUGAAGACACAUUGGUUACCGGAUACUUCUUGUUGGAGCCCUGGGAUAUAAAGAAGUUCACCUCAUCCCCUCACCUUGGCGUCACUGUGACAGUUAGAGACCCAAACCAUGAGGUUCUGAUGACCAAACGCUUCGGUAAAUUUGGUAAACUCACAUUUACAGCUCAUGCCUCAGGUCAGCACUAUCUCUGCUUCCAAACCAACUCAACACGAUUCUCUGUCUUCGCUGGAGAGAAACUGAAGCUACAUUUGGAUGUUCAGAUGGGAGAGCAUACAAUUGGGCACAACACUGCAAAUACCAAAGAUAAUAUGGAGCUUUUGGAGAACAGCCUCAGACACCUCAAAGAGCAGAUGACAUACAUCAUCAGGCAGCAGGAGUACCAGAGGGAAAAAGAGGAGGUAUUUCGUCAAAUCAGCGAGGAGACCAACAGUAAAGUGUUGUGGUGGGCCGUGGUGCAGACCUCAAUUCUGCUUUCAGUUGGCUUCUGGCAAAUGAAACGACUAAAAGACUUCUUCAUUGCAAAGAAAUUAGUCUGAUGAUGACCUGUGACCAGUCAGCUCUACAACUGCUCUAAAACUGCCCAAAUACAACUACUACUACUACUACUACUAGUUGUGACAUCAGUGAAAUAAAUGGUCUUCUCUCUUAAUGGCAAACAGCAAUUACAAUGUUCGUGAGAUGUGAAAUGUAUGGAAUGGAUAGAAAAAUUAUGCUUAAAAAGAGCUGCAAGGAUAUGGCACUGCUUUGAAAUUGUGUUGUGUUAGUAUGGCUAAUCCUUGAAAAACCAGUGUAUCCUAUUUCUAAUUCUGUUUUGCCUUCUUCAUUUCUUUUUUUUCCAAUUCUGUUGCCAUGCAUUAUCCUUACAAUACCAUACUAGACUAAAGUGCUUGGUUAAAUGAUCAUGUUUAUACUUAGAUACUUUCUACCCCAAAAUAAACUUGAUUUUGAUGACUGAAAAUACAUUUUAAAAACAAGAUACAAA